UUGAACAGCUGAUUGUAGCUCAAAACAGUUUCAGCUUUAUUUGUCUUUAAUACGAAAAUUUUAAGUGCAUCCAAAUCGGUUAGAUUUUCUUAAACUAUAUAGUGCAACUCUUGGGUAUGUACUAAACUAGUUAGACUGAUUAAGAUGAGCGCUGCACUGCAAGCAAAGGCGCUGUUGAUACGCGCCGUCGAGUGCGAUCAGAGCGGACGAAUUUUGGAGGCGCAAACGCUUUAUCAAGAUGGCAUUGCCCAGUUGAUGACGUUCGUCAGCACCGAGCCGGAUGAGGUGAAGCGCAAGGGGUUUUUAACAAGAAUCAAAGAGUAUAUGGAUCGAGCGGAUGCCAUCAAGGCACGCGUCAAUGGCCAACUGAUGCUGGGCGAGAUCGUAACCCACCUGUCGAUCGAGGAGAACGAUACUGGAUACGAUUACGAUCAGAUAUUCGGCAAAUAUAUGACCAAUCAGACUAUAGAGAUUAUGCUCGAGGAGCCCUACCUAAGCCAAAACUAUCAGUACCAAAAUCUUAUACGCUUCUUGGAGCUGGCUGUGACCAAUUGCACUCAACUGAAAUACGUGCGAUUGGUCACCAAAAAGGAUGCAGCAAAUCCGGAACAGCAAUCAACAAACCUAGGCCAAAUCAAGGCGGAUCUGGAACGCCGACAGAUCUCUUUCUACAUAAAGUACGAAGACACAUUGCACGAUCGGAAAAUAUUCCUAAGCAAUGGCUAUAUUAUCAAAAUUGGACGAGGACUGCAUUUUUAUAAGGCAUCAAAUCCCAUGUACUCCAUCGGCCUGACUAACUACAGGUACAGAAAGUGCUUGCAGACAGAUGUCGACAUUUGGCGAACUUCGCGCAUUCCCAAUUAAAUAAGAGACAAUCAUCGAUUCGAAGAAGCAGUUAGAAAAGUCGAAAGUAUUUUUGUGUGAGUUUUACCAUUAAAUUUAAUAAUAAAGUUU